AUGUCGGCCGCCGGGAAACCAAAAUCCAACCCUUUCACCACCGCCGUCUCCCUCCUCCUCCUCCUCCUCAACUGUGCUGCCGCUCUCACCAACCCCGACACCCAAGCGCUCCUCCACCUCAAAUCCUCCGCCGACCCGAACGAAGAAAACGGGUUCUCGGGUUCGAUUUCGGGCCUGACCUCGCUUACUCUGCAGGAUUUCAACGUCUCUGGUAACCACCUCGCUGGGGAAAUACCGAUUCCACUUUCGGGCUUCCCGGCAGAGUCGUUUCUGGGCAACCGGGCUCUGUGCGGGACGCCUCUGGAGAAAUGCAAGGUGGUCUCCAGCGACCCGACCAGGCCAGGCGGGGCCAUGGCGUCUCCUGUCAGCCCGAAAACAACUGUUGCCUCUUCCCCAACCACCAUGCCGUCCGAGAUGAAACCGCUGAGUAAGCGGACAGCCGCUGCCCGGAGAAAAAUCAGCUGGCCCGCCAUAAUCGGCAUAAUACUGGGCGAUGUUGUGGUUUUGGGGUUACUGUCCCUGCUUAUCUACUGCUAUUUCUGGUCAAACUAUUCCAAAAAAUUAGUUUCAGGGAAAAGCAGAGGCGCACACGUGGAGAAAAUCGUGUACUCGUCGAGCCCGUACCCCAACCCAGCUCACUCUGGCCACAAGAGGGGUAAAAUGGUCUUUUUCAACGGGGAGAAGAGGUUCGAGCUGGAGGAUUUGCUGAGGGCAUCGGCUGAGAUGCUGGGGAAAGGCGGAUAUGGGACUGUGUAUAAGGCUGUCUUGGAUGACGGUAGUGUGGUCGCCGUGAAAAGGUUGAAGGAUAUGACUGUGAAUGGGAGAAAAGAGUUUGAACAGCAAAUGGAGUUUCUGGGGAGGCUUAGGCACCCGAAUCUGGUGGGAUUAAAGGCCUAUUAUUUCGCCAGGGAUGAGAAGUUGCUGGUUUAUGAUUACAUGCCUAAUGGCAACUUGUUUUGGCUUCUUCAUGGCAACAGAGGGCCUGGACGGACCCCACUGGACUGGACUGCAAGGCUAAACAUCGCAUCCGGAGCAGCCCGUGGGCUGGCUUUCAUCCACAGCUCGGGCAAACCCAUCAGACCCGUACAUGGUAACAUCAAGUCCACAAAUGUCCUCAUUGACAAGGAAGGCAACCCAAAACUAUCCGACUUUGGGCUCUCGAUAUUCGCCUCGAUUUCUUCUGCCCCGAAAUCCAACGGCUAUGGAGCGCCUGAAUCUCCGCUAGACGGCCGGAAACAGACUCAGAAAUCCGAUGUCUACUCAUUUGGGGUCCUCUUGCUGGAGCUCCUGACCGGGAAGAGCCCAUAUGUCAUGGACGGUAAUGGGCCGGGCCAUGGCGGGCCGGUGGUGGUGGACCUGCCGAGGUGGGUCCGGUCGGUGGUGAGGGAGGAAUGGACAUCUGAAGUAUUUGAUCUGGAGCUAGUGAUGUGUAAGGGUAUUGAUGAGGAGUUGGUGGGUUUGUUACAAGUGGCGUUGGCCUGUGCCGAGGCCUCUCCCGACAGGCGGCCAAGGAUGGAUCGUGUGGUGAGGAUGAUUGAGGAUGUGAGGGGAGCUGAGGUGUCGCCUUUGCAAGAGACAGUUGGGCCAGGCUCGGGCUCGCCGGUGGGCUCUGAAGGGGAAGGGGUUGACAGUUGA